UCUUCCAGGACAUGGGUGUUAUGUUCGGCUCUCGGCCCUCCUUGUGGUGGAAGAUCUGCUGGGUGGGGCUCACCCCGGCCUUCAUCACUACUACAGUCCGGCCAGCUAUGGCGAGUACACGUAUCCCGCUUUGGCCGAAGCGCUGGGCUGGCUAAUGGUUGUAGCCUCGGUCAUCUGGAUACCGGGCUGUGCGCUCUACAAACUCUACAUGGAGGAUGAGGGAAAGUCCUUCUUACAGAAGCUGCGCCUUCAGUCCAUGCCCAACCGCUACUGGGGUCCGGCUCUGGUCAAGCACCGACGUCUGAUCGACUACGUGGACGACUUCGUGGUGGACCCAGAGGGGGACAAGAAGAGGCUGGCCUACGUGAACCAGGGCUACUCGGAUUACAGCGCCGCCACCUCUUACACGCUAGACGAUAGGGCAUCAGUGGGCACACGGGACAUGAGCUUGACGACCAUUUCCUUCGACGAUGACGUCAUGUUCACGUCACGGCUGUCCUUGGAAACGUCACUGUGACAAGUGACGUCACACCGACUCCACCAUAAACAGUAUUAAGCUGCGUUCACACUAUCGGGGUUUACAAUACACUUGCCUACCUUAGAAUUACAAAGUUCUAUCUGCUCACUACCUGGUUUUUGUAAUCAUGAGAUUGCGGGUU